GAAAUUUUCGGGAAACAAUGAAAAUGUAAAGCUUCCGCCCUCUCCGUUUCGCUGGAUUUCGCCCAAAUCCGGCCUUAAAUCCGGCCUAAAUCCGCAUACCAAACAGCCCCUUAGCGCGCGAGCGCGAGCCCCGUCCUCACCCUCCUCAUCAGUCAGAGAAACGAAUUUAACAGCUUCUGGUGGAGGAACAAAAGCCUCAAAGCCCUAGAAUGGAUCCAUCCAUAGUGAAGUUCCUGGAGGACGACGAGGACGAGAGUUUGCAUUCUGGGGCGGACGUCGAAGCUUUCUCCGCUGCACUAACCCGCGACAUCGGAGGAGAUCCCCCAUCCCACGCCCGCCAGCCUUCGGACCAUGAUGCUGAAUUGAACAGUCAAGUUAGCAAUGCUACACCACAACAAUUGCUUGAGAAAUGGAAAACAUCUGGCCAAGAUGAAAAUGUCGUACAAGGAAGCGUCUCUGUAUCAAAACAAUUACUUGAACAAUGGAAAGCUUGCACUGAAGAUGAAAAUAUUGGACAAGCGAUGCGGCAAACAGAAGAGCAGCACUUGCAGUCCUUAAAGCAGCAUCUUUCUCAAACAGAGCAGACAAAACAAGAACUUGGUGCCAAUGAAAACGAUCAAGCAACAGAAAGUCAGUCAGAUAGCGGUCAUCACCUCUCUCAAGACAAACAUCCUCAAUCCAAGCAGUGGAAACCUUCCCCAGCUGUUGAAAAGGAUGAAAUGAAGACUAUUGAGAAAAUUUCUUUUCAACCUCACAAACAGGAAGGAGUUCAGUCAUCUACGAGUCAAACUCACAGUUCUCAGCAGUUGAAUGUUCAACAAUCAUUAGCUUCCAAUGAAGAAAACCAUCUACAUAAUUUGCAUCAUUUGAAUGUUCAACAGCCACAGGUUUCUAGUGAAGCAACCAAUUCAGCUAGACAAACGAAACAGAUACCUACCAUACCAUUCCACUUGUUAAUCCCAAUUCUACGUCCUCAUCUUGAUAAGGAUAGAUCAAUGCAGCUUCAGGCCAUCUUUUCUAAGCUAAGGAGUAAUGAAGUCAGCAAGGAUGACUUCUUGAGGGUUAUCAGGAAUAUUGUUGGUGACCAGAUGCUUAGACAGGCAGCUCAGAAACUUCAAGUGCAGCUUCAAGCUCCAGCAAAUCGAAAUCCUCCGAUGAACCCAAACCUAUAUUCUUUACAGAACCAAAAGGGGCAGAAAUCUCCCCCUCGGCAGCUCCCCAUUGUUUCAGCUUCAACAAUCCAAAGGCAAACUGAGACAAGCUUCCCAACAGUUGACAAUAGUAUCCAGAAGUCCCGAGAAGUAGAUAUUAAGUCAGAAGGAAAGGCAAUGCAUUUUGGUCAAACACGCUCUGCUGGUUUGAAUGCAGGGAACCAAGAAAAGGAAAGUACUAUGACCUCAUUGCAAGCAGUUAACAAACUGCCUCAGCAUACACAAGUCCCACAAUCAUCCUUCUCGAUGUAUGGAAACACAUCAUCUAAUUUUAAUUCUCAUCCUUAUCCUAGGCAUUCAAUUGGUGCUCAAGCAACUGUUCAAAAGUCACAGGGCCAGGUUUCACAAACAAAACAAGCACUUCAUGCUCAAGGCAUUAAUGCAACCCAACUUGGGUCUAGUCAGCUCAUGGGUAUGGCACAUAUGUCAAAGUAUGAAAUACAAAAUACUGGCAAUGAAUCCAAGAGAAUUCAUGGCGGUUCUUUAGCCAGUCAUACAUUGUUGCAGCAAAGUCCUGUUACAAUGCAAGCUUAUCCAAACAAGGAACAACGAAGUGCUGCUAUGUCAUCAAUGAGUCUUGUUAAGCCAGAAAUAAUUGACCAGGCUUCUGAACCCCUUGGCAGACCUCAACUGACAGUUCCAGAAAGCUCUUUAUUUGGGGUAAGCGACGUUGAACAAAAUGAGUUGUCUUCUAGAAUGGGGCUUUCAACCCCUAUGACUACAGUUGGAAAUCAUGUUUCUGGACCAACACCAAUCAAUGAUGGAACAAUGCAGAUUUCAUCUGCAACGCCAUUGCUUGUUUCGGGGAAUGCAACAAAAACUCCCCAGAAAAAAACUUCUGCUGGGCACAAAAAGCCAUUGGAAGCUCCAGGCACUUCACCUCCAUCGAGUAAAAAGCAGAAGACUUCUGGGGCAUUCCAUGAUCAGAGCAUCGAUCAGCUAAAUGAUGUUACAGCCGUCAGUGGUGUUAAUCUUAGGGAGGAAGAGGAGCAGCUAUUGUGUGCUCCUAAAGAGGAGAGCCGGGCUUCUGAAGCAAGUCGAAGAGUUGUGCAGGAGGAAGAAGAAAGAUUAAUUCUCUUGAGGGGUUCUCUUCAGAAAAAGCUAGCAGAAAUCACAUCCAAACAUGGUUUAAAGAGCAUUGGUGGUGAUGUGGAGCGAUGCUUGUCUCUGUGUGUAGAAGAGCGUUUGCGUGGGUUAUUAAGUUACUUGAUAAAGUUGGCAAAGCAGAGGGUUGAUAGCGAAAAGGCAAGACGGCGAUUUGUUGUUACGUCAGAUGUUGGACGGCAAAUCUUGGCGAUAAACAAAAAAAUAAAAGAUGACUGGGAUAAAAAACAGGCCGAGGAGGCAGAAAAGCUCCGAAAAGCUAUUGAUGUCGACAUGAAAUCUGGAAGUGAAGCAGAGAAGGACAAAGAAAAGGACAAGGAAAAGGAUGAAGGUCGUCUAAAGGCAACCAAGGUGGUCAACAAGGAAGAAGACGACAAAAUGCGAACAACCGCCGCAAAUGUUGCCGCUCGGGCUGCUGUUGGUGGAGAUGAUAUGCUAUCCAAGUGGCAGCUCAUGGCCGAACAAGCUCGACAGAAGCGCGAAGGACUAGAUGGAUCAUCCUCAUCUCAGUCGGGUAAAACUAUAAGCAAUAAAUCAAUACCAGGCUUCAGAAGGCAUGACCAACAAGAAUCUGAACAGCAAGGCUCUUCAGCACCUCUAUCUGGAAUCAGACGAAAAACUUCAAGAAUCCAAUCUGGAAUGUCUAAUAUUAAAGUUCCACACAGUAUCUCUGUUAAGGAUGUGAUAUCAGCCUUAGAGAGGGAGCCCCAAAUGUCAAAAUCAAGUUUGUUAUACAGGCUCUAUGAGAGAAAAGCUGGUGAAUCUUCUGCAAUGGAACAGCUUGCUUCACUCUAAUACAGGUAUGUGCUAUCAAAAUCAUUCACAUAUUUGCCAGUUUAUAGGAUUCAUGAAGACCAUUUUAAGGCUGGAAAGGUUGCUAGUGGGGUCUAAAGGAACUCUAACAAAUAUAAGAGGAAAGAAGUGUAAUAGAAGAAAAUAGACUAUACUUUGUGUACUUCUUUGUGCUAUGUUGUGAUAAAUGCAAUGUGCUCAUACGUAUUAUAGGUGUA